UAUAUCUGGGCAAUUGGGUUGUUAGCAGCCGGUCAAGGUAGCACUAUUACCGGCACUUAUGCAGGGCAGUUCAUCAUGGGAGGUUUCUUGAACUUGAGGCUGAAAAAAUGGCUAAGAGCAUUGAUCACUAGGUGUUUUGCAAUUAUUCCUACUAUGAUAGUUGCUCUUAUUUUCGAUACUUCUGAAUCAGCGCUAGAUGUAUUAAAUGAAUGGCUUAAUGUGUUUCAAUCGAUUCAAAUCCCCUUUGCUCUUAUCCCACUUCUUUGUUUGGUAUCCAAGGAGCAAGUCAUGGGCACCUUCAAAAUUGGUUUUGUGCUCAAGACAGUUGCAUGGCUCGUGGCAAUUCUGGUGAUGUUGAUUAACGGGUAUCUUCUACUCGACUUCUUCUCCUCCCAAGUCACUGGUGUAAUAUUCACAAGUGUAGUGUUUGCGUUCAUCGGCGGAUAUGUUGCGUUUAUAAUCUACCUUGUUUCUGGAGGUUUUACUUCAUCUGCUUGUUACCCUCAGAAUUACCUCUAUCUCUUCUAUGUUUCUUAG